CUAGAGAAAGCUGGACAGGAAACACACAAAGCCGCAUCUGCGCAAUGUGUUGGCGGCGUCGCAAAAUUUCUCGUUGUUUGCCGAUGCUUGAUUUAUUUUCACCACAUCAUCAACAAGCACAAGAGGGAAUUUAUCAUUCGAGAGGCGCUGGCUCAUAGUUUAGGAGGGUACUCGAAGUAUGGAUGGCCAGGAGUAGUGGUGGUGGAGGGAGAAGAGCAGCAGGUAAAAGCCUACGUUCGCUUGUUACAGAGUUUGCGCUGGAAAGAAAUCCGCG